GUGUAUGGAGAAGGACACCAGCAGCCCACAGACACAGAUAGUGACAUGUCUGUGGGCUGCCUUGCCGAAGACGGUGUGGCCCCAAGGAUUCAGCUUCAUGCUGCUGCAUGUGGCUCCCUGCAAUAGUGUUGGUGGGAUCGUGCUGUGAGCAUGCUCCCCAGGCUCUUCCAGGUUAGAAAAUACCAAGGAAUGGUACUUUUAGGAAAGGCAGUAUGGUUUUCUUAUGGGCUCUGGCCAAGCAACAACAAGGCUUGGUCAACAGUCUGUAUUUCUACCUGCUAGCUCAGGGGGAAGGCAGCCUACCACCACUGAGAUGCUCUACUUCAUGUAGCUGAUGUCUCUCCAUCCAGCUCUUCUUGCCUUGCCAGAGGCUGCAAGACUUUCUCCACUCUGUGUCUACAGUGGUGGUGGGCACACCUCAGCACUGACCACUCAUGUCAAGGCUCCAGAGCUCAUAAUAAUAAUUUAGUUCCUGAUUCAGCUGUGCUUGUGAGUGCACAUCUGAAUUGUAAGUGAAGUGUGUCCUCCAGGACCUCAUUAAAUAGGAACCUCAAAGCAGGAUUUGAGAAAGCCGAGAUGACAGCGAAGUUGUCUCUUGGUUUGGAAGCAUUGUGAUUAAUGUCAUUUACUACCUCUUUUGGCUUAAAAGACAGGGAAUCAUUAAAAUAAAAGAAAUUUCAAGUUGAAAGCAUUGCAAAAAAUCAAUUAAACCCCACAUAGCUGCAUUUUGUCCUGGAGCAAAAUCUCAGACAUAACAGAGAAAUUACACAGCCUUCAAGAGAAAGAAAGAGAAGGUUUUACUUGUGGUAUUGCUGAGGUAUUGCCAGAAGGCAUGCUGAGGUGACUUCUUACUGGUACCUGCAGGAGUAGGGGCAGUAAGUAAGUGCCCCCAGUCCUUGCCGCCACUCCCAGGGCCUAUCUUGUGGGUCAGCGGUCAGGGCUUAAAAGCCUUUCUAGAGGACAAAGUGCUGAGCGGGGGGGUAACUCCUCUGCUGGGAUAAAGAUGUCUGUGCCUGUGUGUUGCUCAAUUAGACCUUAUCAAAACAGUGGGUAGGGCUGCUGUGCCUCAUGGCUGAGAUUUCCUGGCUGGAAAUACCAAUUGUUGGAGGAGAUCUCUGACAAUGUGUCAGCUGAUGCGGCACUUGGGGCUGGAGCCAGGGCUUCUCCAGCUCUGACGGUCCAGCCAGUCCCACACCCCCAUGUCUCAGACCCACACAAGAGCUCACACCUCUUUGCCCCUGGAGCCCAAAAGAGUAAUGAGGACCUGAGUCAAGCUGAAGUCUUUCAGUUGGCUUCGACAUUUGAAGGUGUGUCCUUUCCAGAGGCUCCAGGUCCAGCCCCUGAAGUUAAACUUUUGUCUCGAGGAAACAAACGGUGAAACUCCCAUCAAUUCCCCCUGGCCUGUGCUUUGCCCUUAGGGAGGAGAGCUGAAACCUUAGAGAAGAGUGACCAAGUUUGAAGGGAAACCAAGCUGGGGAAACAGCUCUUGGUGCUCAGUCCCACCAGCCUCAACUGCUCCAUCCCUGUGCUGGCUUUGCUGCAAAGAUGUGCUUGGGGAGGAAGGCACCAAGUGUGUUUCCACUGCAUUUAAUUAAAAAGCAGAUUGAAUAUUAGGCAGGAGAAGGUACUCCUGUUAAAUACCCAAGGCCACACCAGGCAUAGGAUUUGCUACACUUGCAGACUUUUCAGUGCAGUUUUGUGGGUUUUCUUCUGCUUCUUUUGCUUCCUUUCCCAACCCCCAGCCUCCUGUCUUUAUUUUAUUUCCACUUCGGGAAGAGGGGUAGAGGACAAGAGGCAAAUAAAAAAACAAGGAGUGGGGGGAGAGGAAAGGCUGUGAGACAUUUUUAAUUUUAAAUCAAUUACUGAAAACGAAUAAAACUUUUUUUUUAACAGAAGAAGAGCUUGUCAUCAAGAAAAAUAGUAACAGCUUUCUCUUCCGGCUGCUGCCCCGAGGGCCUCUUCCCCGGCGCCCUCGGGAGUCUUCCCCUCGACGGGCUGUCCCGGGGGCUCUCAGCGCAGCCCCCCGUGGACGGCGGGACCCGCACCCGAUAGUGGUGAGCACUCUAGGCUGCCCGCGGCAUCCCAGUGCGGGGGCUGGCAGUGGGUCCGACCCCAUGGGGUCCCCGCCGGCAGGGCGGCAAGCAAGCGGCAGCGGCGGGGCUCCCCUCCUCGUGUGGGUUUUUUUUUGUUUUUUUGUUUUUUUUUUUUUUAAUUUUCAGACGUUAAAUUCUUUUGCAAACAUUCAUGCCUUAGGAAGGGCUGGAACAAAGCUCAGCUGCUCCAACCGGUCGGACAGGUAAGCAGACUUGUUGACACCGUUAUGUUUGCAGCACGCAUGCUCCUUCCCAAGUUUCCUGGUGCAUUUUUCUAUUCCACCUUAUGAAACUUUCCUCCCCCCCCCACCCUCUCCCCUCUCCUCCCCUCCCCUUCCCCUCCCCGUGCCUCGGCGGCUCUGCCCGGUGCGUGCGGUCCCGCUCCCUCGGACGGCAGCGCAGCGCCCGCGCCCUGCCGGGCUGCGGGCGGGCGGCGAGGUGAAGCCGCCGCUUCGCUCCGUGCCCGGCCGUGCCCCUUGCCCUCACUAUGCCCAGAGCCUUCUUGGUGAAGCGCCGGAGCCCGCAGCCGGCAGUGCGCAGCUGGGAUGGGCUGCCCGACGAGGAGAGAGCCGACACCUACAUCCCAGGGGGAAUCGGCUGCGUGAUGCUGGGCUAUGAGGACAGCUGCAGCCUGGAGAGCAGCGGAAGCAGCGGGACCCGGGAUGCUGAGCCCAGCGACCCCCCGACGCCCCAGCCUGCCUGCGGCGACCUGGGCAUGGCCGGAGGGAUGCUGCUGGACCUGGCCGUCAAGCGCCCCGUGGUCAGGUCGAAAAUCAAGUUUACCACUGGCACCUGUAAUGAUGCUGCACUGCAUAGCUGCGAGCUGUGUGGCAAAGGCUUUCGCUUGCAGCGAAUGCUCAACCGUCACAUCAAGUGCCACAGCCAAGUGAAGAGACACUUGUGCACCUUCUGUGGAAAAGGCUUCAAUGACACCUUUGAUCUGAAAAGACAUGUCCGGACCCAUACUGGAAUUCGUCCUUACAAAUGUGAGGUUUGCAACAAAGCCUUCACCCAGCGCUGUUCCCUGGAGUCCCACCUCAAGAAGAUUCACGGUGUGCAGCAGCAAUAUGCCUACAAACAGAGGCGAGAUAAACUUUACGUGUGCGAAGACUGCGGCUACACAGGCCCCACGCAAGAGGACCUAUACCUGCACGUUAGUAACGUUCAUCCUGGAAGUGCUUUCCUGAAAAAAACCUCAAAAAAACUUGCAGCAGUUUUGCAAAACAAAUUGAGCCCUGUCCUGCAGAGGAACUCCAAGGAUGAUGACAAAGAUGAGUAAUGCAGUGGAUUACAGUGGUCUACAGGAAUGAAGUUUACAUGUAGGAUGAGAUAUAUAUAUAUAUUAUUUUUUUAAAAACAAUUUUGAAAAAAGUACCUGCAAUUAAAGGGAUGCUUUAGUUAAUGGGACUCUCUUGUUGCUAGCAGAACCUCAACUGGAAAGAAAUAUUCCCAUUUAUGAUGGAAACAUCAAACUUUUUUUAUCUGGCCAAUAAAAAUGGAAAGCUUGGAAGAGGCUGUCACCUCUCGGAGUAUUUACUGAACUGACAUUUGGGCAAUCUGUCUUCCGUUUCAGCUCUACCACACAUCAGCUGCCACUAAGUUCACCUUUCCCCAGUGUAUUUUGUAAAGUUAAUUUCUGUUACCUCCUGUACCAAUUACUUUUGAGAGGUUUGAGUGAAAAGUGCCAGGUAAGAACAGCUACUAGUACAUUGUUCUAUGCAAAUUUAAUUAAAGUGUCUUAAGAACAGGAGUACAUUGUAUUGGUAAAUAAGUUAAAAUGUGCAAAUAACCUUAACUCUGCCCCCUGUGCAGUAGCUAACAAUUUAUGGAAGGGUGAUCCAAGGUGAGUUGAAACUCUUCUGAAAGGAUGCAGAACUUUUCCUCCCAAACUUUCUCUGCUGGCAAAUUACAUUAUUCCAGGGCAGACUUUUGGUUUUGAUUUAGGUAUUUUAAGCCAUGAACUUACUCUUAUGUUUAGAUGCAAGUGGAACCUUAACUCUGAUGUUCCUGGACUUGUCAUGCUUUGAGGAUUAUUACCACAUCCUUUUAACAUACAUCAAUAUCGACCCAGAAACCCAAAGAAAACUUGAAGAUAAGUAUUUUCUGUCAUGAUGAAAUGCAGUUUUGUCUCUAUUUUGGGGGGGGGAGGGAUGUUUCGGGAUUUUUUUUUGUUUUAUAAUCAAAUGCUUCUUCACUAAUACAACAGAGCAGUGCAAUGCAGUAAAAAGGGGGACUUAACCUGUCUCUGCUUCACGAGAUCAGUGCAAAAAUGCAGGCACGAAUCUGGCUGCUCAUCUGUAUCCACUGUCAGUUUAGAAGGGUCCUAGUGAGACUGAUGCUACCGGGGAAGGAUAUGAUUAUGAUGAGGGACUGGUACUACCUCUCUGUGCUUUUGGAUUUCUGUAGUCCCACUCCAGCUCCUAUUGACCCAGGACAGUUAAAAGGGUAGCCUGUGGGGACUACUGAGUGUGAAUUUAGAGAUUUAAAAAAAAAAUAAAGCUGUACAUUUGGGGAGGAUAUGCUGUAUUCUAUAUAUGUUGAAACAACAGCUGAAAUUAAGCCACCUAAAAUACAGAGUCCAGCAUAGCCAGUACUUUCAUAGUCAUUACUGCUAAUAUGAGAGAUUCUGAGCAAUUUUGCAAGAAUUUUAAAAAGCUUUUCCAUUUGCUUUAGUUUUCUAAGGCAUCUGCUUGGGUUUUUGUGGGGAAAAGAUUCUAAGGGUUUUAAAGCAUUCCUAAUGAUAUUAAUACUUUAUUCAGCACAACUGUUGGUGCCUGGGACCUUGAAAGCAAGGAUAAUAAAGCGAUGCUACUGUGUAAGAACAAACUUGUCAUUCUAUGUAGCAGGAAAGUUCACAGAAUAAUAAAUGGGAAGUUGCUGGGAAAAAAAGCAUCUGAGGUAAAGUAGAAGAUCCUGACUUUGCAAAAAGCUUAUGCACUGAUCCCCAGUUCUUUGGAUAUCAUGCCAUUACAACUGAACAGUAUAAAGAGAAGGUUGCUCGCUCUGAACAAAAAGCUUGCUUGAUGGCAAGUAGUCACAAAACUGCUGGGCUAAGGAAGGCAUUAACAGCUAGUUCAGCCAGUUGUGCUGGUGAGACUCCUCCAUAACCUGCUCAAUGAGGCCUCAGUCAUGAAACUGCUGAGUUCUGCUCCAGGGCGGGACUGUUUAGGACAGUCCCUCUGAGCAAAGAGACUAGUGUUCACCUAACUGCACAGGAUUUGUGUGCUCAGCUCUGCUGAAACCUCAGUCCUUACACUGGUGCAGUGGAGCCAGGGCUGAAACCCUCCCUUUGCAACUAGAGAGACAUUUUGUGUGUGUACGUAUGUGCAUGGGCUGUUUUUUAACCCCUCCUGUAGCACAUACUGGUUUUGGUCUCCCUCCUGUAUCACUGCCAGAGCAAAUCCCUAUGGAAAGAACCACAGGCACACUGAGGUGGCCACAGAAAGCACUCACAGUAACAGAGAAAGGGAGAAGUUAAAAAAGUAAAAAAACCCUCUCUGGAUGGAGAGCAAAGCUCUGAAAAGCUGCAUGUUGUAGCUGAAGUAACUGCCCUGAUUGCCUGGCAAGUUUUUCUGCAGAGGAUAAUGCCCUGUGCACAUCAAUUUAACAGUCUGGCAAGUCAGUUUAAACUGAUCACAAAGUGGGUUUGGGUUUGCGUGACACUGGCAAUGGCCACCUGCCAGUUCUGUUACGGGACAAACAAGUGCUAGCCUGUGUCACUACAGAAAUGCUCCAGAGCUUACCCAGGGAUGCCUGAGGCAGCCACGCUUUCAGAAGUGCCUGACACGAGUGACUUCGACCACUACUGUCUUUGAAGACUGCCUGCCUUCUCCUGGGUCUCUGAGGGUAUAGACUCAGCCAAGACUUGAUAGGUUUACAAACCAACACCGCUGGCAGCCUUCCACAGACAAGGCUUUUAUUAAACAAACAAACACAGAUGAAGCCAACAGGUGCCCACACUGCCCAGGCUCCAGAUUUGUUAGGGGGCAGGAUGAGUUUGAACAUUUACAUGGUUCAGAGACAUCUAACGGCUGUAUGACGCACUGACGGAGAAAGCAAUCCCACCCAAACAUUGCCCAACUGUUCCCUACUAGCCUGAUCUAUCAAAUCUCAAUCAACACAGGGAUUUCAGCCCAUUUUAUCACCUCCUGCUACUGCCCAGGGAUCUUAUCUCUUGCUUAUACCCACCCUCUUUGUAUCCAUGGAGCUAUCUUUCACAGAAAACUGGCAGUGUUCAGUGACACUGAACCAUCCACUUGCUAGAAUUCUGUGAUGUGGGAAGACACUUGUAAAACAGGUAGAACUUCUGAGAGCUUGUGCUGUGUCUUCCUGGUUAGUCAUCUCUGAACCCAGUUUUUCCAUCCCCAUGGUUUGACUUUUUAGAUAGAAAUCUAAUUAAGCACAGAGUAAUCAUAACAUCACUAGACCAGGUUUGAAUAAGUAAGUACCACUAUAACUAAGUUUCAUUGACACAUUUCCCUGGAUCAGUAGUAUGGAGGAGCACCAGAUUAAACACUAUAGCUAUUUAAGUUUCUUCAGCAGCAAGCCUGUCCAUUUUUUUUUAGGUAUCAUUCUGGCUGAUUUUUUUGAAGCUUAUGGGUUGGUCAUAUUUUUACUUGUAAUCUGCAGUGGUAUUGUGAAAACCCAUACAUACAAUUUGGAUAAAACAAUGAGAAUGAGGGAAAAAGCUUUCCAGGUGUGCAACACACAAAGCAAUACUGCCUGACAUCAUCAAGGCUUAUUCUAUGUCUUACAGACUUGAUUUUAUAAGCUUAAAAAUUAACUUCUGUUUCAAAGCAUUUAUUCAGAAACUUAUCUGAAAAAAAAAAACAAAACAACAAACACAAACCCACAAAAAAACCACCCUCCAAAAACCAACCAGCAGUUCUUCAUCCCUCAGAAUGCCUGGCUUCACAGCCACAAGCCUGCUUUUAUACAAAAACUCACCUGCACUGGCGUACACACUCACUUGACACUGGAGAUCCUUCCACCUGGGUGGGCUCAUUGUCGGCUCAGACCCACACAAAGUCAGGAGAGCUCAAGGCAGUUGCAGCCUCAGCCUGCACAGAGCUCACAAGCCUAAGUACAGAGCCCAUUUCUUCUGUGGGCUGCACAGGCUGUGUGUUAAGAAACCUGUAGGAGGAGCCACUACGAAUAGCCAAACUCCCCACCUUUCAGAAAACUUGCUGGAAAUUUCUAAGAGUAUUGUUUACAAUUCUGCUCCUCUCUUACUGAGCCACUUCUGUUAAAUUAUCAUUUUGCUGUAGUAUAUUAAACAAGACUUAAUGAGAACUUUCAUUAUAAUUCUUAGCACAGGUCUUCCAGUUGUGGUUGUAAGAAAAUCCACAAAUAGUAACAAGCCUGUUAAUAGAGACCUUUGACAUGAGCAAGAACUAAACUGACUGAAAUCCAGUCUACUAUAACAAUUCUUUAUCAUUUGCAUUUCCCUCAGCUCAGACAAUGCAGAUGUUCUUUUGCUUUAGUUCACCAACACUUUUCAAAGUUUUAGUUCUGCAACAAUUUUUUUCUCAAAAAUUACCGAAGAAGGAUGACUUCAUUGAACAGUUUUACUUGAUAAUAAAAACUUUUCUAUAAACCUUAGGUUGUAUAAACUGGGAGGGGGGG